AUGGACGUACCAGGAUAUGCUUUGAUCACAGGCUCAGGCUCUGGCCUUGGAAGGGCAUGUGCUCAGACCUUCGCCAGAGAUGGUGCAGCGGGUAUAGCCCUGUUCGACGUCAAUGCCGAAGGCCUCGCCCAGACAAAGGUCCUCAUUGACGAAAAAAACCAUGUCUCCGCCAGUGGAAGGCCCUGCCGCGUUAUCACCUUCGUGGUCGACGUCACCGAUGAGGAUCAGGUCAACAGGACCAUCUCGGGAGUCGCCCAAGAAUUCGGGCGCCUGGAUUACCUCGUCAAUGCUGCUGGUGUAGCCUACAAACACGCCGGCGGUGCUGCCUUUGCGGAAUCCAAGGAGUGGCAACGAGUCAUCAACAUCAACCUCAAUGGCACCUUUUACAUGCUCAAGGCCGCCGCGAGAAUCAUGCUCAAGCAAGACCCCAUCCUCUCAACUAUUGAUGGCAGGUCAUUGCAGAGAGGUUCUAUUGUGAACUUUGCAUCUAUCCAAGGCUACAUCGCAACGCCUCUCUCAACAUCAUACGUCACUUCUAAGCAUGCGGUUGUCGGUCUCACCAAAACUGCCUCUGAGGACUACGCCAAGGAGGGCCUCCGCAUCAAUGCCAUCUGCCCGGGGUAUAUCGAGACACCGAUGACAAUGGACUCGCCACAGAUUCGGGCAGUUAUGGCAGAAAAGAUAGCCUCAUCUGUGCCCAUGCUCAGAGCGGGCCAGCCUCAAGAAAUUGCCGACGGCGUUGUGUAUUUAUCUGGUGGAAGAAGUUCGUUUGUGACCGGCAGCUCUCUUGUUGUUGAUGGGGGUUAUAUUCAGCGGUAG